GAAAGAAGAGAAAGAAAGACAAAAGGUUCUCAAGCCCCAUGAUUCAAAUUUCUCUCUCUCUCUCUCUCUCUCUCUCUCUCUCUCUCUCUCUCUCACUCUAAAACAAGCUCUACUUAAUCAAGAGCAAGAAGACCUCCCAAAGUUUCUACAAAGACCCGUUUGAGAGCUUUCAUUCAUUAAAGAGAAAAAUAGUACAAGAGAAAAGAGAGAGCUAGAGAGAGUACAAAGUGAGUGAAAGUGAAAGAAAAACAAGCUUAGCUAGCUAUAGCUAGAGAAAAUAUCAGAUUGUUUUGUUGUGUUGUUUGUUUGGUGAGAAGGAAAAAGAAAUGAAUAGAUCAGGUGUGUUGCAGAGCUCGCCGGUUCAACAAAUGAUGGUCGGAAGUCCUAACUGGUGGAACAUGAUCAAUAGCAUGAGGCCACCUCUACCACAACAACCCCCCCCUUCCAAUCUCUUACCACCUCACCUUUACAUACCUCCUCCUUCUUCACUUCCUUUGUCAUCACCAUCCUCUACUUGGUUUGACAGCAAUAAUCAAGAUCAGCUUCCGGAGUCAUGGAGCCAACUCCUCUUGGGUCGAUUGGUGAGUGAUCAAGAAGAAAAGGGUGGGUUGAGCCAUUUUCAAGCUAAGAGGUUGGAGAAUUGGGAAGAUCAGAUAUUGCACGGCCAGACGGCUAAUAUUGUAGAUGUAAAGCAAGAGAGCUCAGCUAGCAGCUAUGGGUAUGGUCAUGAACAUAGUCAAGUGGAAUAUCAGGCACCAAAACCUACUUGGUCUCAGAUGAUUCCAGCUCCAGCUUCAUCUCCAAACAAGUCUUGUGUCACAAGUGCUACUUUAAGCACUAACAUACUGGAUUUUUCAAACAAGGUAGACAGGAAGCAUCCACCGCUAGAUCGUACCUCGGAGUGCAACAGCACCCCCACUGGUGGGGCACUUAAGAAAGCUAGGGUUCAACCUUCUUCGACCCAAUCUACUUUCAAGGUGAGGAAGGAGAAAUUAGGUGAUAGAAUAACAGCUCUUCACCAGCUAGUUUCCCCUUUUGGGAAGACUGACACAGCUUCUGUGCUGUCAGAAGCUAUUGGGUACAUUAGAUUCCUUCAGAAUCAAGUCGAGGCCCUUAGCUUACCGUACUUGGGCAGUGGAUCACCAAACAUGAGGCAGCAACAGCCUGUUCAAGGGGAGAGGAAUUGUUUAUUUCCUGAAGACCCUGGUCAGCUGUUAAAUGACAACUGCAUGAAGAGAAAAGGAGCUUCUGAGCAGCAGGAUUUUCAUGAAGAACCAAAGGACUUAAGGAGUAGAGGAUUGUGCCUAGUUCCAUUAUCAUGCACACUUCAAGUUGGGAGUGACAAUGGAGCAGAUUACUGGGCUCCUCCUGCUAUCGGUGGUGGUUUACGAUAGAUCCAUUGAUGAGAUAUGUUGGCAGGCAUGGUCACGGCACGGUUAGAGAUUUCAUGAAAUGAUAUAACAUCAUGAGCAGUCACUCUGCUAAAAUUCCAAGGCUGAUUGCUCAUGAUGCUAUGCUUUCAUGGUUGGAACUAAGUGUGCUGUAACUUGGGUUUCUAGUCCUCAAGACUAUCUUUAAUUUCAUGUUAAGCUUAUUAAUUAUCUUUAUUCUUCGUUUUAUCGGCUAGUACAAUGUUUUCAUGUAUAUGCCGCUCUAGUAAGAUUGAUCAUUUUAAGUGCUGCCUAGGCAGUGCUCUUAUCUAAUUUCUUGUUGAACCAAUCUGAUUAAUUAUGAUUAGCAUCACUAUAUUCUCUUCUCAA